UUUACAGAUUUAGAAGUUAUUCAUGCUAAAUCAUCUCAAUUAAAUCCUAAACCAGAUCCAAACCAUUUGGUAUUUGGAAGACAUUUUAGUGAUCAUAUGUUUGAAGUUGAAUGGAAUGCUUCAGUUGGAUGGGGGACACCUCGUAUAUGUCCAAUUCAUCAUUUAAAUUUACAUCCUGCAGCUAAAGUGUUUCAUUAUGCUCAAGAGCUCUUUGAAGGUAUGAAAGCUUUUUAUGGUGUUGACAAUAAAAUAAGACUCUUUCGUCCAGAUGUAAAUAUGAAAAGAAUGCUUAACACAGCAGAAAGAUUAGAUCUUCCA